CCGCGCGCCGCCGGCAACGACGCCGUGAGCCGCAACAUCAGCCUCGUGCUCGAGAACCUGCUCAAGAACUACGAGAGCAGCCAGCUGCCCAGCCACGGCAGGGAUCAUCCAACCAUUGUGAGGACUAACAUGCUGAUUCGAAGCAUGGGACCAAUAUCGGAGUUGGACAUGGACUACUCUAUGGACUGCUACUUCCGACAAUACUGGCGCGACUCACGGCUCAGUUUCCUGGGCCCCAUCAAGAGUCUGAGUCUGAGCAUCAAGAUGCUGGAGCGCAUCUGGCGGCCCGACACCUACUUCUACAACGGCCAGAACUCGUACGUCCACACCAUCACCGUGCCCAACAAGCUGCUGCGCAUCUCGCAGGACGGGGACAUCCUCUACUCAAUGAGACUGACUAUCAAAGCUAAAUGUCCGAUGGAACUAAGGAACUUCCCUAUGGACAGACAAUCUUGCCCUCUUAUCCUUGGCAGCUAUGCUUACACGACGAGGCACCUGGUGUACCAGUGGCAGUCGGAGGGCAGCGUCAGCUUCGUGGCCGGCAUGGCGCUCUCCCAGUUCGACCUCAUGGGGAACCCGCAGAGGAACCUCACCUACAAGCGGCGAGAAGGAGAAUUCUCCGUCCUCCAAGUGAACUUCAAUCUCCAGCGCCACACCGGUUACUUCCUGAUACAAGUCUACGUACCUUGCAUCCUGAUAGUGGUUCUCUCGUGGGUAUCCUUCUGGAUACAUCGAGAAGCAACUAGUGAUAGAGUUGGACUGGGUAUCACCACCGUGCUGACGCUGUCCACCAUCAGCCUGGACAGCCGGACCGACCUGCCGAAGGUCCGCUACGCCACGGCGCUCGACUGGUUCCUCUUGAUGAGCUUCUUCUACUGCAUAGCCACCCUGCUCGAGUUCGCAGGGGUCCACUACUUCACAAAGGUUGGUAGCGGUGAAAUUCCCGUGGACGAAGAAGAAUGGGAAGAUAUUGAGGGGCCCUUCGAAGAGACCUUCUCGCCAUCACCGGAGCCGGUAGAGAACAGUCCGGCUAUGCGCACCGGCCGCAGGCGCAGCUCGCUCAUCUGCCCGAUCUACAACGACCCGCCCAGCUACGGCAUGUCGCGCUCGCCUUCGCCGGCGGUGGGCGCGUCGGCAGCUGCGGCGGCGGUGCCGCUGCACGUGCACUCCGGGCCCGCCGGCCACGGCGGCCGCGCGCAGCUGUCGCGCGUGACGCGCCACACGCAGACGGAGCGGCGCGUGCCGCGCUGGCGCCAGCUGCUCUACUGCCUGGCGGGCGACGACGCCUUCCGGCGCCAGCGGCAGCGCGAGGCCGCGCAGCGCGCCAGGGACGCCGCGGCGCCGCGCCACGUCAACAGCGUCUCGCAGAUCGACCGCGCGGCGCGCGUCCUCUUCCCCGCCUCGUUCGGCCUUCUCAACGUCUGCUACUGGCUCGCCUACUACACCUACCAGGAGGAGUUCCAGUGGGACGACGCGGCGCUCCCCUCUGCCAAGCUCUAGCUCCACCCGCUUCCCCCUACAGCCCAGUAAUAUGGACGCCUCAGUAACAAAGUGGACUAUGCAUGAUUUUGCCGGUAUUGAAUUGCGCGUUGCUUCUUGUAGUCCAAACAGAGACCUUUCAGGAACAAACGCACCAUGUCGUGGAAUGCAAAGUUAUUUAUAGGAAAAAUAUGGCCACCCUUUUCCCUUCCUGUUGCUGCUGUCUGCAGUUUUCGGGGAGAGGCUAGUGUGACUAGAAGGUUACUGCGAAGUAACUUCAAAAUGAUGUAUCACUCGAUGCCACCACGAAAGUCGACACCGGUCGACCCAGUAAGCUGUGAAUGAUACAAAGUUCUCACGUGUGUGAGUGGACCUCGGAAAUCGAGACAUAUUCGGAAGAAUCAGCUAAAUAUUUUUAGCAAGCAGUAACAUAAUUGCCAUUGCUGCUUAUAUGGCUUCCCAGACCUUUGGAAAUCGCAUCAUAUUCAGAAAAAAAGGUAAACAUUUGUGUCAAGCAACAAUAGAAACGUCGUAGCUGCUCGAUUCACACAUACCAAUUUAACCAUUCGUCUUUUAAUGAGACUGAAGUCACAAAAUCGAACAAAUUCACUCCUGAGGGAGAUUGCUCUUAUACAGGGUGUCUCAAACCUUUUGGGGCAAAUUGAAACAGGUGAUAGUGAGCCCACAACCAAUAAAAAAAAAUAUUGAGACAGGGAAUCACUGGUCCAAAAUAUAUAUUUAUUGCUUUAUGGACAGAAACAGCGGACACCGCAUAACGACAACAUAGUUCAUAGUAACUGUUCAAAGCCAGCCGAUGUGGCCGAGCGGUUCUACGCGUUUCAGUCUGGAACCGCGCGACCGCCACGGUCGCAGGUUCGGAUCCUGCCUCGGGCAUGCAUGUAUGUGAUGUCCUUAGGUUAGUUAAGUUUAAGUAGUUCUAAGUUCUAGGGGACUGAUGACCUCAGAUAUUAAGUCCCAUAGUGCUCAGAGCCAUUUGAACCAUUUUUGACCUGUUCAAAGUGAUGACCGCCAAUCUCAGUUCAUGUUUUGCAAUUGCGUCUGCAGUUCUGCUGCACUCUCACAAAGAUCUUGGGUGUCUGUUGAACACUGGAACAGGCAGCGUACACCUCUGACCACAACACAGAUAUACCGUACACAGCUUAGCUCAUAGCACGUGUGUCAUGUGACGACCGCAUGCAUAGCACUGGCCUGUUAACCUGUGCUGCAUUAUCCCUGGUGUCAGUUGUCCAUUGCAUCAGACAGCUCGUGCUGUGUUCGUGGUGACAUGUGUUACUGUGUACAGUGCAUGACGCGUAGUCAAAGAUGGAACUGUACUCAUCACGAUAGUCGGCACACAUGCAUUUAAUGUAAGGUGCGGUAGGAUGGAGUGCCCGUAAAGCAACACGAAUCUACAUAGAAAACUAUCCCAAAAGGCGUCAUUCUAACUGGAAGAAGUUUAUCUCCCUGAAUAAGGUCGUUCACGCCACAGAGAACACCAGACUUUGAUGAGACAGUGCUGAAACAUGUGGCCGACCACCCAACAAUAGCACCCUUUAACUUGCCCUCGAAAAGCACACUUCGAAGAAUACAGAGAGGAGAGUACUGGUGGAACAGGUAUUAUACCCUAUCAAAAAGAACUUGUGAAAACUUGAACCAACGCAUUUUGAGCUCCGCAUUCACUUCUGUUAAUGAUUAGCCACCGCAGUGCUGCAGUGCCGAACUUUGUACAGUUUGUACUGUUCACAGACGAGCCUCAUUCACCCGUGAUGGUGUUUUCAACAGACGCAGCAGCCUUGUCUGGAGUGUGGACAAUCCCCCGCCACCCACAUCAGUGACCACCAACAACGAUUCUCCGUCAACGUUUCGGCAGGCGUUGUCCGACAUCAGCUAAUAGGACUCUAUUUGCUACAUCCCCGUUUGACUGGUCCACGUUACUCGGUGUUCCUGCGAGAUGCGCUGCCACAGUUCUUGGGAGACAGUACCCCUUCUUAUGGACGAAAGGACGUGGGUCCAACAUGACGGUGCACCAGCCACUUUGACGUUAACGUCUGCGAGCUCCUGAACAACACGUACACUCAUCGUUGGACUGAAAGGGGAGGUCGUGGUCAGCGCGAUCUCCAGACCUCAAAUCUCUGGAGUUUUUCCUCUGGAGUUACGUCAAGACGUCGGUGUAUGAAACGUGUUUGCUAGGUCCCAAGUCUCGUACGCCAGACACCAAGGAUCUUUGACGGAGUGUGGUAGAACUUCAUGUGCCGAUGCCAAGCAUACGUUGAGACUGGUGGUCGUCACUUUGAACAAUUACUAUGAGCUACGUUGUUGUUAUGCGGUAUAAACUAUGUAUGUUCAUAACACAAUAAAUAUUCAUUUCUGGCCAUAGCUUUCCUACCUCAAUAUAAUCAUUUGUGCACCUAUUAUAACCUGUUUCGACUCAAGGUGUGAAACACCCUAUAUGUAAAUAACACUGGAUAUUACACAUUAUAUUUCUAUUACAUUAACAACAGCGCUCCAGAAUCUGUUAAAAAUGCAAAGAUGAAAAAAGAAAAUAGCAGAACAUAGCACAACGCGAACUUACUUCUUUCGACCACUUAACUCCACAUAUCCAAUCACUACACCACGGUAAAGACAUACAACAUUCAACAACAGUGUCUUCUACGUAAGUAUCACCUGAAGGCUUCGUAAAUUAUACGAAAUCGUACCAAGAGUGACAUGUUUGCGUAUGAAUGGCAUACUGUCGUAACAUGCAAGUUAUAACACGAAAACAAUGAAAUACGAUGAAAUCCAAUGUCACAUCUCCUAAGUUCUUCAUUCAUCGAUUUCUAUCGAUUUUCAUGAUCACAUCAAGUGACAUAUUAUUUUUAGGUCAUUCCACAGUAAGUUUCUGGUAUCACAAUUUUCUCCCCAGUACGGAUGAAGUUGCUUCAUGUGAUAUUUACUCCGUAUUGGGACCUCCAGUUCCAUAUGUGGCAUAGGAAGUGUUGUGCAUUUUCGUACUUUUCUAGUGCAAUAAUAUCACAGUGCUGAAUUUUUCGAGGCCAGAAGGGAGGGAAAUUUUAUGGGGUUCAUGCUGAAUGGUGAGAUGCACGAAGAAGAAAUUUUAUGUACAUACGUAUUUCAUUUUAAGAUUAAGAUUAAAGAUUCGUUAACGAGUAACUCAAAUCAUGCAACAAAGACCUGCGAUGUUUUCGCUUGAACAAAUUCGUGACCAAAGUUGCUGAAUACUAACUGAGACUAAAUUCUUCAUGUUGCGAUGCUUCUUAUUUGCCUGCUGCCGAUCGAAACAUUCGCGUAAAAAUUAUGUACAACUGGGCCAAUACAUCUGACUGGUUUUUUUUUCAUUUUUCUUUCGUAAUUAAUGUCAAAUAGUUGAAGACUGCUGCAUGCUGUUCUCAUUCGUUUACUUGUGUAUAGUGUAUCAUUAUAACAAACAAAGAAAUAAGAGAAACAUGAAAAAUAUGUAAAUGUAAUCGGAACAAUAUCGUCGAUUUUUUCAAUCCUCGUUGUUUCCUAGCUGUCUCAUUGCUAGACUAUGCAGUUUCAAGUGCAUA